AUGGCCCAUAAGGAUGGAAACGAGUCAGACGGUGAUGAAUCUCGAGGUCAGAUGGUUCAACAUGAAUCAGCAUCAGCAGAGGAAGUAAGGAUGUUGAGACAACAAAUGGCUGACAUGUACCAGGCUUGGAUGAAUGGGCAAGCUCCACCAUCUUCAAUCCCUGGAUUCCCGGAUGUGACUAUGUCAAUUCCCAUUGAAACCUCGACAAGUGAUCCACUUUUUCCUCCUGGAUUUGGUCCACAUGUUAACAUAUCCAACACUUCUGGAACUUCCACUGUGCGCCCUCCAAAUGCACCCCUCAGAAAUAACCCACUUUUCAUCCCCACUGUACAAACUACUACAAUCCCUCAACCAACGUUGCAGUAUAGUUCCCCCGUCGAGAUCGAGAAAACUGCUAAGAAUGAGGAACAAGAAGAAAUGGCUAGAAAAAUGAAGAGUCUAGAGCAGAGUGUGAGGAAUAUGCAAGGAUUAGAAGGUCCAAAAAGCGUCUCAUUCAGAGAUUUGUGCAUGUUCCCCAAUGUUCAUUUGCCCCUUGGUUUUAAGACUCCGAAGUUUGAGAAGUACGAUGGUCACGGUGACCCCGUAGCACACUUGAAGAAGUAUUAUAAUCAACUAAGAGGGGCAGGGAGUAAGGAAUAA